GACCAAUAUGGCGUCUAUCUAUGAAAAUGUAACGAGGAAGAAACCGAAACUUUCAGCAACGUGUAUAAGGUUGUGCCAUUUCACAUGAGAAGCGUGUGAAAUGGUGUGCCACGAUAGAAAUAAAGUAAAGCUAUGAAGAAAGCUUCAAGUACGAGUAAUGAAGCGAAACCUGACGUUGACAAAGCAAAGAAAAUCUACAGAGCUGCUCUUGAUGCAAUUCGUCGUCUUGAUGAGAUAAGCAAACAGAAGAAAGCAUACAGAGAUGUGUUCUUGCAAGAUGCUGUUGGACUCAGAAAUAAACUCAAGGAGUAUUGUGAGAGGUUGAUGUUCUACAACCCCAGUGACUAUGGCCGAAAAGCAGAGGAGGUUUUAUGGAGGAAGGUGUUCUAUGACAUCAUCCAGGUUGUCAAACACAAUAGGAAGCAUGUGCGUCCCCACGGGUCCCUGGAGACGGCCUACCGGACACACCUGGCUUCAGCGACUGGGUACUACCAGCAUCUGCUGUUCAGGCUGCAGCAAGAGUUUGGCCUCAAGUUGUCCGGCAUUCUAGACUUUCAUCUUGUUGCUGAUCCCAAACCAGUAAAGAAACACAGCAGCAGUAGUAGCAGCAGCAGUGGUAGCAAGAAGACACCGCAGUCUGUGAUUGAGUGGGCGCAGAGAGCCUGUCACAGAUGUCUCAUUUGUCUUGGAGACAUUGCCCGGUAUCAGCAGGACUUUGAUCACGGCGUGAGUGGCGCCACAGCAGAGAGAUACUACUACCAAGCCAUCAUGCUGUUCCCUGAUAUCGGUAUGCCCCACAACCAGCUUGGGACUUUGUCUGCUUCCCGCUACUACAGCUGUGAGGCUGCCUAUCACUAUAUCAGAUGUAUGUCGACAGAGAAGUCGUUUGAAGGAGCCCAUGGUAACCUGCAACGACUGUUUGAGAAGAACCACAAGAGGUACCUGGAACUUGGGCAGCUUCAGCAGCAGCAUCGUGACCUCACUCCAGACCAGCAACAACCACAAAACAUCCGGCAGUUCUUUGUCCGUUUCCUGUACCUGCUGGAUAUCCUGUAUGAUACGGAGAAGAGAUUUAUACAACGACACGACGACUUGAUGCAGUCUGUAUGUCAGGCCACGCUACAUGACUUCAACCUAUGCAUGUUCUACGAGCCCAGCUCAAUGGCGGAGAACUACGAGAACGUUGACCCUGCCAUAGACGACCCCCAUUACCUGGAUGAUGACAUCGUCUUCAAGAUCGUCGUCAUGUGUCUCAGCACCAUCCAUCUCCUGCAGAGGAAAUGCUCACCUCAAGUGACAGCCGCCAUUGCCUUUCUUCUUGCGCUGUUCUCGCACAUACUGAACCAUGUAACCAACAGACUACAGGGGGUGCUGUAUGAGAAGGAACAUCCCAAUAAGCUGUUAGAGUCACACAAGUCUAUAGCAGCUCUCCCCCACGAUGACCACAACUACUCGUCCACCUCGGACACAGAGCGGGAUGAGAUGUCCAGUCACGAAGCUGACUACAGGAACAACAGUGUCGACAAAAGCAAUAUGCUGACUCAGGAGGAAGGCAAUAAACCAAAGAAGCACAAGCAAUCACGACUCCGCAACUUGCGGCGACGUAGACGGCGUCACCAUAGCGAUAGUAGUGACAUGUCAGACUUGUCCGAAGAUUCUGAUCUCAGUGAAGGUGGUGAGCACAUGGAAGAGGAUGUUGUCUCUGAAGAUUCGGAUGAUGAUCUAGCCACAUACUUUGACAAUGACUCUGAUUCAGAUCUCUCUGAUUCCUUGAUGGAAAGUCAGGACCUUAAGACUGGCUUUGCAUCAUCUCAUGGCAACAAUCAGUCCAGGUUGCGACUGAGUUCAGGGUCAUCUGUGAAAAUGGCCCAAGAGAAUGGCAAUUGGUCAGAUCUCAUGGGAAAUCAGAAUCUAGUAACGUUGUCAUCUGAGUUGUUCUCCUCGUCAAUGACCUUCCUUGGGCAGGACCUCAAUCUUGAUCUGCUCAACACAAAACAGUACCAAGCAGACAUUGCAGCUUAUGAGAACUGUAAAGAUGUCAUACAAGGCAGGAAAGAUGUUCCAGUUCCACCAGGUUUCCUGUCGUCCAUGGAGGCUCAUCAUGUGGCAGACAUCACCAAGAAGCUGGUCAACUUCCAGAUCGAGACUGACACCGAAGUCAGUGCAUGUCCCACAGACACAGAUCCAUCUGGACUCACUGAGUCUGAGAUUGAGGCUGAUGAUGACAAUUCCUGUGAUAGCUACAACGACAGGGCGGAGGCUGAGCGGCUGAGACUGCAGCGGGUGAUCGAGGUUAUCCAGACAGAGGGUCUGCUGUCCACUGUCAAGGUCAUGUGUGACUGGAUGCAGUGCCAUUCCACCAUCAUCAACACUUGUGCUCAGAGCUCCCAGUCCUUGUGGUGCAGAUUGUCAGUUCUGCUCAACUUUCUGCCUCAGGAAAAAAGAAUUGAUCAGCCAGAUCAGAUAUGGUCUGAUGAAUUAAAGAUGCGGCUGACGGACAGUAGCGCACCAAGCUGGUUUCAGUUGUUCCCUCUCCGAGAGGACAUCAACCUGUCUGGCUUCUCCGCCCUGGCCGACAUCCAGGCCACCAUUGACUUCACCUCCAAACACAGGGGACAGCUCAGUGAGAUUCAGGAGACAUUUCUCCGGAUCACCUGCCUGCGUCACUUCGGCCACUUCUUGGCCCAGUCCGGCUGUGUGGAGUUCACUUACAACCAGGAACAGGCCAUGUUCUUUGGACCCUCACACACUGACCCUGAAGUCAGUGAGAAGGCAGCACAGGAGAAGAUGAGAGAUGCAGAAAGCCGGCGUAACCAGCUGAUGAGAGACAUGGCUCAACUGAGACUUCAGGCGGAAGUGAGCCAGCUGGAAGGGUCCCUCCAGGAGUCUGAGCAGCCCAUGUUCCCUCCAUACGUGAUCACUGAAACCUCCACCCUGUGCUCCUCACUCCCCCUCGUCAAGCAGCUCAUCGUCAGUGCCAGGGGCAUCAUGGUCAUCCCCCUCUCAGUUAUUGACAGUUUGGACUUCAUGAAAAAAGAGAGUUCUGGAGCCCGGGAGGCAAUUCGAUGGUUGGAGAAUGAGUUCAGGAAGGGGAACAGGUACAUCCGUGCCCAGAAGAGCAAUGAAACACUCCCAGGCAACAACCAAAGGAUGCUAAAGAAGAGGAACCGAGAUCAGUGGUGUUUGAGUGAGAUACUGAGUUGUUCUCGGUACCUGGCACAGCAGAGUGGGAACUUCAGCUCUGGCAGUGUGGUGGCCAUUUUGACUGACCACCAGCUGGACACAGAACAGACGCUCCCUGCAAUCAGACACGCCAUCGCAGCCAGCCAGCAAGAAGGUGUAAGCAUUGAGAACAUUGUUGACUUUGCCUCCCGCUGGAAGGAUGUCUGUAAGAGCAAAGGUUGAGACUACCACACCAGAUCAGGGACUGAUCUUCACAAUAAAUGCAAA